AUGCAAAUGAGCGAAUAGAUGCGGAACAGAGCGAAGGACAGACGGCUCAUCGGCUGCUGGAUCGCUGGCCUUCACGGCCCUUUAGGCACUAUUUUAUACAACUGUUUCUUCUAUUUGUCAGCAUAUACGUGUCAAGUGUAAAGAUGGCGCAGACAGACACGAAGAAGAUCUUCUUUGAGAACCUGUCUGGCGCGGGAAAAGCCAUCGCGGUGCUGACCAGCGGAGGUGAUGCUCAAGGGAUGAAUGCUGCUGUGCGUGCUGUGGUUCGAAUGGGAUUAUAUGUAGGAGCAAAAGUGUAUUUUAUACGUGAGGGAUACCAGGGUAUGGUGGAUGGUGGGGAGAACAUAAAGGAAGCCACAUGGGAAAGUGUGUCCAGCAUGCUUCAAGUGGGCGGCACUGUUAUUGGCAGUGCCCGCUGCAAAGAGUUUCGCUCCCACGAGGGCCGCCUAAAGGCUGCUCUCAACUUGGUGAAGCUUGGCAUCACCAACCUGUGCGUCAUCGGGGGGGAUGGCAGCCUGACAGGAGCCAACCUCUUCAGGGAAGAAUGGAGUGGACUGUUGACAGAACUGGUGGAGCAAGGUUCCAUCGAGCCCCAGUCCGUUCAGACCUACUCUGCUCUUCACAUUGUCGGGAUGGUUGGCUCCAUCGAUAACGACUUCUGUGGAACUGACAUGACGAUUGGCACCGACUCUGCCCUGCACCGAAUCAUUGAGGUGGUUGAUGCAAUUAUGACAACCGCUCAGAGUCACCAGAGGACUUUUGUCUUAGAAGUCAUGGGCAGACAUUGCGGCUAUUUGGCCUUGGUUAGUGCUCUGGCUUGUGGUGCAGACUGGGUGUUAAUCCCUGAGAUGCCUCCAGAUGAUGGCUGGGAAGAGAAGAUGUGUGAAAAACUAUCUGCGAACCGAGCAGGGAUGAAAAGGCUGAAUAUCAUAAUAGUAGCGGAAGGGGCGAUUGAUGCUAACAACAAGCCUAUUACCACUGACUUUAUUAAGGAUCUUGUUGUCAAACGUUUGGGUUUCGACACGCGAGUGACAAUCCUGGGUCACGUGCAGCGAGGAGGGACCCCAUCCGCCUUUGAUCGCAUCCUGGCCAGUCGCAUGGGUGUGGAGGCCGUUCUUGCCCUGCUGGAGACCACGGCCAACACACCCGCCUGUGUGGUGUCUCUGUGUGGGAACCAGUCAGUGCGCUUGCCUCUGCUGGAAUGUGUAGAGAUGACUCAAGAGGUGCAGAAGGCAAUGGACGAAAAAAAGUUUGAGGAAGCAGUGAAGCUCCGCGGAAGGAGUUUUCAGAACAACCUGAAGACGUACAAACUGUUGGCUCAUCGCAAGCCAGAGUCUGAACUUCCACACAGCAACUUCAACGUGGCGGUGUUGAACGUGGGCGCCCCCGCGGCAGGCAUGAACGCGGCUGUUCGUUCAGCUGUCAGAGUGGGCAUCUCGGAGGGACACAAGAUGUUUGCUGUCAGUGAUGGAUUUGAGGGCUUCUACAAAGGUCAGAUCAAGGAGAUCAAAUGGGCUGACGUUGGAGGGUGGACAGGACAGGGAGGAUCUCUGCUGGGAACUAAAAGAACACUCCCCGCAAAGCAUGUGGGCAAAAUAGCCGAGCAGAUGCGAACACACAACAUUAAUGCACUGCUUGUGAUUGGGGGAUUUGAGGCCAUCCUGUCACUGCUGGAGUUGCUAACGGCGCGCGAGAAGUAUGAGGAGUUCUGUGUGCCCAUGGUCAUGGUCCCGGCCACGGUCUCCAACAAUGUGUCGGGCUCAGACCUCAGCAUUGGCGCUGACACGGCUCUCAAUGCCAUUACUACUGCGCUUGAGAGUCUGCUGCAGCUGUACGAGGCACGCGCUACCUACCAGGAGUUUUGCAUCCCCAUGUGUAUGCUGCCUGCCACCAUAAGUAACAAUGUGCCGGGUUCAGAUCUAACCAUCGGUGCAGACACGGCCCUCAAUGCCAUUGUGGAGACCUGCGACCGCAUCAAGCAGUCGGCCAGCGGGACCAAGAGGCGCGUGUUCAUCAUCGAGACCAUGGGGGGCUACUGUGGCUACCUGGCCACCGUCGCUGGCCUGGCGGCCGGGGCCGACGCCGCCUACAUCUACGAGGAGCCUUUUGACAUCAGAGACCUGCAGGCCAACGUUGAGCACCUGACAGAGAAAAUGAAGACAAGUAUUCAACGAGGCCUGGUGCUCAGGAACGAGAACUGCAAUGACAACUACACCACGGACUUCAUCUACCAGCUGUACACGGAAGAAGGGAAAGGUGUGUUUGACUGCAGGAAGAAUGUCCUGGGACACAUGCAGCAGGGAGGAGCGCCGUCUCCAUUUGACCGAAACUUUGGGACCAAGAUCUCGGCCAAGGCCAUGCAGUGGGUCUCCAAGAAGCUGCUGGAGACCUUCAGACAAGGCCGAGUGUUUGCCAACAGCGAGGACAGUUGCUGCCUGCUGGGAAUGCGGCGCAGGGCUCUCAUCUUCCAGCCGGUGGUCCAACUCAAGGAGCGGACUGACUUUGUUCACAGGAUCCCCAAGGAGCAGUGGUGGCUGAAGCUCCGCCCACUGAUGAAGAUCCUGGCCAAGUACAAGACCAGCUACGACGUGUCGGACUCCGGGCAGCUGGAACACGUGGUGCACAGCAUCCCUCGGGACUCUGACGCCUCCGUGGCCAUGUGACCGCGCCCCCGGCAUGUUGACCUUUAACCUCAACAGUGUUCCUACUCUAAUGUCCUCACACACCUGCUUGAGUAGUCUCAUGCUCCUUUAAAUUGCACUUUCUGGCUCCACUUAGAGCUGCACUCUCCUUUACACCAGUCCUUUACACCAGUCCCUUACACCAGUCCUUUACACCAGUCCCUUACACCAGUCCUUUACACCAGUCCUUUACAACAGUCCCUUACACCAGUCCCUUACACCAGUCCCUUACAACAGUCUCUUACAUCAGUCCCUUACACCUGUCUCUUACACCAUUCCCUUACACCAGUCCCUUACACCAGUCCCUUACACCAGUCUCUUACACCAGUCCCUUACACCAGUCUCUUACACCAGUCCCUUACACCAGUCCUUUACACCAGUCCCUUACACCAGUCCCUUACACCAGUCUCUUACACAAGUCCUUUACACCAGUCCUUUACACCAGUCCUUUACACCAGUCCCUUACACCAGUCUCUUACACCAUUCCCUUACACCAGUCCCUUACACCAGUCCUUUACACCAGUCCCUUACACCAGUCUCUUACACCAGUCUCUUACACCAUUCCCUUACACCAGUCCCUUACACCAGUCCUUUACACCAGUCCCUUACACCAGUCCCUUACACCAGUCUCUUACACCAGUCCCUUACACCAGUCUCUUACACCAUUCCCUUACACCAGUCCCUUACACCAGUCCCUUACACCAGUCUCUUACACCAGUCCCUUACACCAGUCUCUUACACCAGUCCCUUACACCAGUCCUUUACACCAGUCCCUUACACCAGUCCCUUACACCAGUCUCUUACACAAGUCCUUUACACCAGUCCUUUACACCAGUCCUUUACACCAGUCCCUUACACCAGUCUCUUACACCAUUCCCUUACACCAGUCCCUUACACCAGUCCUUUACACCAGUCCCUUACACCAGUCUCUUACACCAGUCUCUUACACCAUUCCCUUACACCAGUCCCUUACACCAGUCCUUUACACCAGUCCCUUACACCAGUCCCUUACACCAGUCCCUUACACCAUUCCUUUACACCAGUCUCUUACACCAGUCCUUUACACCAGUCCCUUACACCAGUCCCUUACACCAGUCCUUUACACCAGUCCCUUACACUAGUCCUUUACACCAUUCCAGUCCAGGGAGUCUUCUAUAGGGUCCAGUGAGUCUUCUAUAGGGUCCAGUAAAUAUUCUAUAGGGUUCAGUGAGCCUUCUAUAGAGUCCAGUGAGUCUUUAGGGUCCAGGGAGUCUUUAGGGUCCAGGGAGUCUUUAGGGUCCAGUGAGUCUUCUAUAGGGCCCAAUGAGUCUUCUCUAGGGUCAAGUGAGUCUUCUAUAGUGACUAGUGAGUCUUUGGGGUCCAGUGAGUCUUCUAUAGGGUCCAGGGAGUCUUUAGGGUCCAGGGAGUCCUUCGGGUCCAGUGAGUCUUUAGGGUCCAGUGAGUCUUCUAUAGGGUCCGGUGAGUCUUUAGGGUCCAGUGAGUCUUUAGGGUCCAGGGAGUCUUUAGGGUCCAGGGAGUUUUUAGGGUCCAGUGAGUCUUUAGGGUCCAGGGAGUCUUUAGGGUCCAGUGAGUCUUUAGGGUCCAGGGAGUCUUUAGGAUCCAGGGAGUCUUUAGGGUCCAGUGAGUCUUUAGGGUCCAGGGAGUCUUUAGGGUCCAGUGAGUCUUUAGGGUCCAGGGAGUCUUUAGGGUCCAGGGAGUAUUUAGGGUCCAGGGAGUCUUUAGGGUCCAGGGAGUCUUUAGAGUCCAGUGAGUCUUUAGGGUCCAGGGAGUCUAUAGGGUCAAGGGAGUCUAUAGGGUCCAGGGAUUCUUUAGGGUCCAGGGAGUCUUUAGGGUCCAAGGAGUCUUUAGAGUCCAGUGAGUCUUUAGAGUCCAGGGAGUCUAUAGGGUCCAGUGAGUCUUUAGGUUCCAGGGAGUCUUUAGGGUCCAGUGCAGGUCAGAGAGAUGCAGCCAGAGGUGUGUGCAGCAUAAUAGUCCACAGGUGUUGUGUAUAAAAGUGUAGAGUCCAUGUAGUCAUGACCUGCUGAUGUCCCACACUUUGUCUUCCUCUCACAAUAAAUGAUCAAAUCGA